CUGAGCCACGCCGGUGGGGACACUAUUUCUUUUAAAUACACCACCUCUUGGUCAGCUAAGAGCAUACGCUGGCAUGAUCCCAUCUUGUAGAGGAGUGGUCCACCCUUUUCCCUCCUUAGUUAAUCCUCUUCCCUACCUCGGUUAAUCCUCUUUCCCUUGGUGAGGUUGGUCUCAUCUCCAACUCCUACUCCUAGUAACUCGCUCUUGGGCAAAUGAAGGGCAAAGACUGACGGGGUCACUCAAAUCUAAAACUUAGAGAUUCCCUAGGACAAGCGCCCUGGACCUGACCAGCUCUUCCACCUUUGUCUUCUUCCUCUUUGUCAACCAGCCAGUCCUACUCUUCAUUCCCCUAAAGGGGCUGGCGCUUUGGGGACUGAACAUUCCUCCUGUUCUCCCUGCUACCUGGGAAAUGACCCCUUCCUGUCUGCCAGUCGAAAUCCUCAGGGCUGGUAUCAGACGACCUUUUUCAAGAGUCGGAUAAAAAUACACGUUCAUUUUAGCCUCUAAACUGAGGCCUUGAUUUUAGUUCCAUCUACUUAGUCAUUACUGUUGAGUGCUUACUUGAUGUAUGCCAAGUUCUGACCUAGGCUCUUGGCCGAGGGGCUGGCAUGAGUUGAGGGGGUGCUUUUUAGAUUGGAGUCAGCAGGAAAUGCCUUUCUGGAGCAACAUGCCUGAAGGAAGUGGAACUCGUGGCCUUUCCAGGCAGCAGGAGCAACAAGUGCAAAGUAUUAUGGCGGAACAGGAUGUGGAAAACGAGCUUCUGGAUUAUGAGGAAGAUGAAGAGCCCCAGGCUCCUACAGAGAGCACCCCAGUACCCCCCAAGAAAGAUGUCAAGGGGUCCUACGUUUCCAUCCACAGCUCUGGCUUCCGGGACUUUCUGCUGAAGCCUGAGCUCCUGAGGGCCAUAGUGGACUGUGGCUUUGAGCAUCCGUCUGAGGUUCAGCACGAGUGUAUUCCCCAAGCCAUCCUGGGCAUGGAUGUCCUGUGCCAGGCCAAGUCUGGAAUGGGCAAGACUGCAGUCUUCGUGCUGGCCACCCUACAGCAGAUCGAGCCCGUCAAUGGACAGGUGACCGUCUUGGUCAUGUGCCACACUCGGGAGCUGGCCUUUCAGAUCAGGAAGGAGUAUGAGCGCUUCUCCAAGUACAUGCCCAGUGUCAAGGUAUCCGUGUUCUUCGGGGGUCUCUCCAUCAAGAAGGACGAAGAGGUGUUGAAGAAGAACUGUCCCCACGUCGUGGUGGGGACUCCAGGUCGCAUCUUGGCCCUCGUGCGGAACAGGAGCCUCAACCUGAGAAACGUGAAGCACUUCGUGCUGGAUGAGUGUGACAAGAUGCUGGAGCAGCUGGACAUGCGGCGGGAUGUACAGGAGAUCUUUCGCCUGACACCACACGAGAAGCAGUGCAUGAUGUUCAGUGCCACCCUGAGCAAGGAGAUCCGGCCCGUCUGCAGGAAGUUCAUGCAAGAUCCCAUGGAGGUGUUUGUGGACGACGAGACCAAGCUCACGCUGCAUGGGCUGCAGCAGUACUAUGUCAAGCUCAAAGACAGCGAAAAGAACCGUAAACUCUUCGACCUCCUGGACGUGCUAGAGUUUAACCAGGUGGUGAUCUUCGUGAAGUCGGUGCAGCGCUGCAUGGCCCUGGCCCAGCUGCUCGUGGAACAGAACUUCCCAGCCAUCGCCAUCCAUAGGGGCAUGGCCCAGGAGGAGCGCCUGUCACGCUAUCAGCAGUUCAAGGACUUUCAGCGGCGGAUCCUGGUGGCCACCAAUCUGUUUGGCCGAGGGAUGGACAUUGAGCGAGUCAACAUCGUCUUCAAUUAUGACAUGCCUGGGGACUCGGACACCUACCUCCACCGGGUGGCCCGUGCCGGUCGCUUUGGCACCAAAGGCCUGGCUAUCACUUUUGUAUCUGAUGAGAAUGAUGCCAAAAUCCUCAAUGAUGUUCAGGAUAGGUUUGAAGUAAAUGUGGCGGAGCUUCCUGAAGAAAUUGACAUCUCCACGUACAUUGAGCAGAGCCGGUAACCACAACCUGACAUCCCGGAGCCACCCUGCUUCCCACGUGCUGCUUCAAGUCCUCUUUCUAGGCGACAGUGGGGCUUUCUUUUUACUGUUCAAACACUGUAGAUUUGUGUAAGAAUAAAUUUUUAUUAUGGAA